GGGACAGCCAGAGGGAGGGUGGGGUUUUGGAGAGGACUGGGAGGGAGAAGGGAAAGGGAGAGAGGGUGAGCUUAUUGGUUGGAUUUUCUUUGGCGGCGGCUAGGUCCCUCAGGGGCCUAAUCAAAGGCUGGAGGAGCUGGAUGAACAAAUGUGCCCCAAAUCCACUUCUGCUUCUUGGAAUCAGGCAGCUCAAGCUGAGGACCGGUAGUAACCGAAGAUGUGGAGAGAAAUGCAAAAUCCAGAAUGGAUCUCCUCUUCGUAGCCAUCCUUGUGGUGCCACUUAUCUUGGGUCAAGAAUAUGAGGAUGAAGAAGGACUGGUAGAGGAUGAUUAUUAUCAGGUGAUCUAUUAUUACACAGUCACCCCUUCUUACGACGGCUUUAAUGCAGAUUUCACCAUUGAUUACUCCAUGUUUGAAUCAGAGGACAGAUUGAACAAUUUGGAUAAAGAGACAACAACAGAAGCAGCAGAGACCACCAUUAGUCUUCAAACACAACUGAAAGACACACAGAAUCCUGUAACCACGAAACCACUAACAAUGGAAACACAGAGUCCAUCCCUGAGUGCUGCUGUGUCCAGCCUGCAGAGUCCUGUCGCCCUCCUCCUGGUGGGGCUCCUCCUCCAGGGCGGGAUGUGUGUCCUGUAGAAGGUGAGAGAAAGCCGCUUCAACUCUGUAGAUGGGGGUUUCACAGGAGGAAAUUGGAAGAUAAAAAA